AUGACCCGUGGCCCGGUCUUAGUAUUCCGUGCCAGCCAGCUUUCAGGUCACGACCGAGAUUCAGAGGAACCACAAAGCCCGCGACUGUCUCGAAAGUGUGACAUCCUGGGCCGUGUUGAAGACAUACUUGACACUUGGGGACCAGGAAACCUGGUAUUCCCAAGAAAUGAGAGGAGUUCUCCUGUCGCCAUACAAAUUGGUGAUGGAUUUAUCUUUGCUGGUGAAAGCGAAAGCCUCCAUUGGGCUCAUGGAGUACCAGAUGCCAAGGAAUUGAGUCAUAUUGACCUUGCGCAGCCGCUUCUGAUUGGCACAUUGAUAACGGAAAACGCUGCAUGUGGCCUUAGCGAAGCAGUGUGCCGAGGGAUAUCAUCCAAUAUUCUGGAAGAACUGGGAACAACACGCGCCUGGUGGAGAGAAACGGAACGGCAAACAAGCAUCAGUGGAGGCCAGUAUGUGUUCAUCCAAUGCGGGACAACUUGGGACAAGCAAACUGGGAUCUCAGUGAAAGAUCGAGCCUUUGUAUACCCAGACGAGGACGUCCUAAUUCAAAAAAUGGACUCGUACUGGGGCGUCCAGUUGAGCUACUGCACUGGGGUAGCCAGGAGAGUCCGCUUGAGGAGGCUCGUGGCUGACUUGAUGCCGCAUUUCUCCUAUGACUCGAGUCUCAAAACCAACACCGUCGAAUCAAAAUUGAGGAAUAAACUUUUGGGACCAGGAGAAGUUCGGAAGUGGCUGGGUGAAUUGAGCUCAGACUUGCGCGUAGAAUUUCUUCAAAUUACCCGCAAAAUCCUUGAUACCCUUCGUCAUACCGGAUUGGACUCCACGGGAAAGUAUUUUUGCGUUGCCUGGCCGUUCAAAGGUGACAUAACCGGGUGUCUCAAGAUCCCCCUUGAGGAUGACAGCUCUUGGGCCAGAGUCCUGGCGGACUCACAUGAUUGUGCCACCUUCGCAUAUAUCACAAUGGAAUGCUUUGAGACAGCGGAGAUUCAAUGCAGCAAAACUCGACAAGCUUGCCAGGACAUCUACCUACUGGAGACAGCUAUUUUUCGCCCCAGGCGAGAAAAUUAUCGUGCAUUCCUGCAGCAUAACGAAAUAUGUUUCUUCUCAAAGCAGGACAGCAUGUUCUGGGUCAAGGUACUAAAGGAGCACACGGAUCAACCGGCACAUCUCGUCGAACUGUUGGCUCUUCUGUCAAUGCCCAUGACCAUUCGGCAGAGGCUAUAUCUAAGCGAGAAAAGGAAGCAACGGAGCCGUCUGCGGGAGUGUCAUGCUAAUUGGGCUCAAGGGGAAGUCGUUUCCGUUUCUUCCGCAGGAGUGUAA